AUGUCUUCAUCAGACCUCUCCAUGGAUGACGCAAAGCCCCCCGUCCCCACGGGCGGCUGGGGCUUGGGUCGUCUCUUCGCCAGACACUCUGCCGCUCCCAAUGAUUCAGACCAUGAGGGUGGCCGGUCGGCCCCUUCAAAAUGGAGCAUGGGUGUUCUCAAUGACCCCGACACUGUCGAAGUUCCAGGUAAGAAAGAUGUCGAAUCCGUUCUCGAGAGUGGCCAUCACCCGGUUGCCUUCGGUCUACUGACAAGACUACUGUCAGGCUCCGUUCUGCUGCUUGCCGCUCACCGCAAUGAGCCUCUUGGAUUACGCAACAUCAAUGCUCGCAGCUCGCACUCGUCGAUUCCCACUGGUUUCCCGGUUGACAUGCCUAUGACACCCGGUGGCACUCGCUUUAUGCCUGGCACUCCUGGCAAAAGCUCCGCUCCGGCCCCAACAGAGGAGAGGAAGAAGACUACCGAGGAUGGCGUGAUCAUCUUGGAUCCCCAGCCUGAGGAUUCCGUAAAUGACCCUCUCAACUGGCCCUCUUGGCGACGAGACACUGCGCUUCUAUCUCUUGGUUUCUACUGUAUGCUUGGCGGCGGUGUCACUCCCCUCAUUGCUGCUGGUUUCACCGAUGUCGCGCACGCGUACAACGUUGAAGUCGAAACCGUGGCUCUCACCACUGGCCUCUACAUGAUGGGUCUGGGUGUUGGCUCAGUUUUUGCAUCCCCAACUGCCAUCCUCUUCGGAAAACGUCCCGUAUAUCUCGCUAGUGCCGUUCUAUUCAUCGGGACUUCGCUAUGGGCCGGGUGGUCUCCAUCCUUUCCCUCCCUCAUUGCGGCCCGAGUUUUCCAAGGUAUCGCAGUCAGUCCCGUCGAGUGCUUGCCCUCCGCAACUAUUGCCGAGAUUUUCUUUCUCCACGAGCGCGCAUUUCGUAUCGGAAUAUACACACUGCUGCUUCUCGGUGGUAAAAACUUGGUACCGCUCGUCAGUGCUGCUAUCAUAGGUCGGUUUGGCUGGCGAUGGGUGUUCUGGAUCAUGGCCAUGAUUGUUGGGAUUGCUGGUGUUUUGCUCUUCCUCUUCGUUCCCGAGACCUUUUGGGAUCGCACCCCGACGAGAAAACCGUCUAGUCGACCUAACAUCUUUCGUCGUCUUUCUUCCCGAUAUGGCGCACACAAGACACCCAUGCCCGCGCCUGCAGCAUCAUCUGAGCGGCCUCAUUCCCCUGGGGCCGAAGACCGUCACCACAAUCUCCAUGUUGGAUUUGCCCCUGAGGCGGAGCAUCAUGUCGAAAAAUGUUCAAUCGAUGGUUCAUCGCCCAUUCAUCACAAGGACCGUCAUGUGGGCUUUUCUGAAGCGUCUAAUCUGGAGAAGCAGAUGGAUGGCGACAACUCGGCGGAAGGACAGCAAGACCCACAGCCAUCAAUCACUGUGUCUAAGCCUCAGCAGGCAGCAACUACUUCGCAAUCUGCUACUGACGGAUCCAUGGUUAGCUCGGCGGCCUUCCCUAGCAUGGGCCAUCAAAACUUGCAGGAUUCGAGCCACUUGCAAACUCCGGAUGUUCGAAGUAGUAUUGGCACUUCGUCUGGCAAUGACUACUUGUCUGGAAAAAAUGCCGUCGACAGAGACGCCAUCACGGCUGCAGACCUCUCCUCUCCUCCGAAGAUCCGCCAAUACACGCAUAAUCUGCGUCAACAGCCCGCUCAAUCAUUCACCCAGCAGCUCAAACCAUACCACGGACGUCUGAACGGCGACAAGUGGCACAAAGUGCUUAUCAGGCCCUUCGUACUUUUCGCUUACCCAGCUGUCCUAUGGUCCUCUGUUGUUUACGCAUGCUCCAUCGGUUGGCUAAUUGUCAUAUCGGAAACCAUGGCCAUCAUCUAUCGCAAUCCGGAGACGUACAACUUUGAUGCUCUGCAAACGGGUCUUGUUUAUAUCUCUCCGUUUGUGGGAGGUAUUCUUGGAACAGGUGUGGCUGGCAAGAUCAGUGAUAUCAUUGUCAAGGCCAUGGCACGCCGCAAUGGCGGACUCUACGAGCCAGAAUUCCGACUAGUCAUGGCCAUCCCCAUCCUCAUUACGACCUGUAUAGGAUUGAUGGGCUUUGGGUGGUCGGCGCAACUCAACGACCACUGGAUCGUUCCGACUCUGUUCUUUGGCAUUGUGUCCUUUGGCUGCUCCCUCGGCUCGACAACAUCGAUUACAUUUUGCGUUGACAGCUAUCGCCAGUACGCCGGAGAGGCUCUUGUUACUCUCAACUUUUCCAAGAACGUUUUACAUGGGUUGGUGUUCAGUCUCUUUGUUAGCCAUUGGUUGGCCGACGACGGUCCGAAAAUGGUGUAUAUCUGGAUUGGUAUCAUUCAGUUGAUACUCCUGCUUUUUACCAUUCCCCUCUUCAUUUACGGCAAGCGACUGCGUAUGUGGACGGUUCGGAAGAACUUCAUGGAGAAGCUUUGA